AUGAUGAAUGCCGAUGUCGAUGCGAUCGACAUCGAUGAUGAUGACGAAGAUGCUGGUAUAUUCAGCAUCGCCAAUGACUGCCACAGUGAGGACGAUGACGCUCUCACUGGUGCAGACAACGUUCUUUCAGCAGUGCACACGAAGCGCACUGCUGCUGACAAGAAUGAAUCAGCAGAGGAAUUUCUGCUGACUGGCAAAGCGGUUGUCCGCUUCGUUCAAGACUCUAUUGCAGAUGCAAUAGACAGAAAGAAAAGAAAUGCAGACAAACAUGGAAGAGCAAAGGUUCUUUCGUUCAAUAAUAAGAUGAUUCAGUUUUACUGUCUACAGUAA